CCACCUUCCAAGGUCUCCGAGAAUGGAUCCCCCAAGGACAUCUUGGCUAAAGUUUGGCCCAAGGCUCCCGCACUCGUGGCCUCUGCGCGUUUGGGCGUGGCAUGAGGCAUGGUAGCCACGCACGCCGUCGCGCGGACUUGCCCAUCCGCUAUCGCUCCUCUCGCGGUGUUUUGGCUGCUGGCCAGCCUUGCACGUGGCAACGCGACUGACAAUAUCUAUGGUAUGAGCAAUGUCUUGAAUAACACCGCCAGCCAUCGCCUUGUCAGCUUUUUUUGGGGCAGUGGCUGUCACAAUCUGUGGAGUGCAGAUGUCACGCGAGCCUGGGUAGUACAAGAGGUCAUACCUUUUGAAGUGGACUUAACGCACUGGCGGUUUCAAGUUCAAAUUGACUUUCGCAGAUCUCCUUUUGCAGAAACAAGGGAUGAUCUCAUUUCGCAGAGUUUCGCAGGCAGGGGUAUUGUUUCAACCGAUCUGAACAACAAUGGCAUUUGGACGGUGCUGUCGGGAGGUCCUGCUGUCAUCCACUGCGACCCAGUGGAUGAUGAUCUGGAUGCGGUCCACAUCCCCGUCGAAACUCCUGGUGGCAAGAUUUACUUCACGCUCUCCUUGUGCUUCUUGGCGGGUACGUUUUGGUAUUUGCGGCAGCUUGUUUUUGUCAAAGGGGAAGAGUAUCAAUAUAGGUGGUUGCAUGUAAGUGGUCUUGUGCCCGUAUUGUUAUAUCUCGUUACGCACAUGGUUGUCGCGUUCAGGCCGGCUGAGUUGUGGUGGGAUUGGUCUAGAUACAUGAUGCGUUCUCCUGGUUCGGUGAAGAGAGUCGAGGUGCAGGGGGUUCGGAGCGGAAUCAAAUUGGAAGACAUAAAGAGAUUCGCUUUAUCAUAUUUGCAGGUGCACCACACCUAUCUCCCCACUUCCGACAACUGUCAGGCCUACGCACGUGCAUUGGCAGAAUACGUGGGCAACGGUGGAACACAGUUGCUCAUACAGACGGUUGCAAACGCCGUUGGCGAGCCAUUCAUGCUUCGCUUCUUCGUGCAUGUAUGUCUAGUCAUUUCCUUAUUUGUGAUGAGCAAUAUGUUUAUCCUGAGCAUGAACAGCGAAUAUAGUGCGGACAUCGCCUGCCAGCGUAUAACAAACAUGUGCCUGUCUGAGCUGCCUAAGAGGUGGGCUGACACGCUGUCUAACAUCAUCGGCUUGAGCAGGUAUCUUGUGGUGCUUCAACUGUGCAUCAGUGUGGUCUGUGGUAUGUUCGCAGCCGUCUUGGGAGAUGUAAGUCUGCUACCUAUCUGUAUCGCAAUGCUCAUGUUCGGACUCUGGUCCGCGUGCAGUGGUUUGUUCUUCGGGCUUGUGGACAAUCCCCCACCCCUGCCGCAAUGUUUUCAGACAGUCGCGCAGGAAAAAGCAAUGCUCAGGCUGUGUAAGUUCUAUGUGAUCACGUAUCUCAUCGUGGCCGUCCUCUACUGCACGUUGCCUGACGUGCGCCAGGACAUAUAUAAGCGGAAUCACACUAUUGCGAUCAUGGAGAAUGUGUUGUCGUUGUUCUGGAUCAUGGCGUCCGCGCAUUUGCUGUAUACAGAAUUUCUUACACAACUGCCUCCACUGCCUGAGUAUCAUGACUGUGCCAGGGCCCUGGCCUAUGAGUAUCAUGCCAUCCCGUCAGAAGGAACAACAGAAGAAGAAACAGAAGACGAAAGAGAAGAAGAUCUUUGCCCAUUGCGGCCAGCCAUCGAGGAAGAGUUGACCGUAGAACAGCGAAUGAAGAUCGAUAUGGGUAUUGAAGCUGCGAGUGCGGCGGCAGAGUUUGCGGCGAUGAUUGGAGAUGCCGAUUACGUAGUAGCAUUCUGGAGGGAAUUGGCUGUUGUGGAAGCACACUGUCCAAUGAUUGGACGCGCAGAAAUCAUCACCCGCUGCGACGACCUGAACGCGAGCAGAGGACAUCCGAGGCUCUGGGACUUGGUCGGCAUGGACCCUUUUCCAGUGCGACUCGAAAGGAGGACAGAAGGAGAAGCUGCGAACCCCAGCGAGAGAAGCCCAGAGCAAUUGGCCGUACAGCGCUUCAUGGCCACUGUCAAUGCGGGCCAGAGGGCGCAUCGGCCUCUCCGUGCAGUAGCCACGCAGUGCUCGACGCAGGCUAGGUCCGUGUUUGUCCGUGUCGAUGCGGUUAGUCCGCGGAUAGAGAUAGAGGAAGAACAAAUGUAUGCAGGUGUUUAUGCUGCGACUGCGGCGGCGGAAUUUGCGGCGAUGAUUGGAGAUGCCGACUGCGGAGCAUUGGUAUUCUGGAGGGAAUUGGCUGCUGUGGAAGCACACUGUCCAAUGAUUGGACGCGCAGAAAUCAUCACCCGCUGCGACGACCUGAACGCGAGCAGAGGACGUCCGAGGCUGCGGGACUUGGUCGGCAUGGACCUUCCUCCAGUGCGACUCGAAAGGAGGAUAUAAGAAGAAACUGCGAACCCCAGCGAGAUAAGAGCAAUUGGCCGUACAGCGCUUCAUGGCCACUGUCAAUGCGGGCAGUCCGCGGAGAGAGGAGGACAAGACGUCCUGAACGCGAGCAGAGGACCGAGGCUGAGGGAUUUGGUCGGCGGCGACCCUCUCCCAGUGCGACUCUGCUGUAGACGAUGUGAGGUUGCACUGCAAGCCAUAGUCAAUGAUUAGCGGACCGCUGAAAGUACGGCUUCUCGAGCUGACCGAAAAAAUGUUGUGGUUCAGCGGGGGGUUGGGUGGGGCGAUCGGUAUGCGCCUCUGCCAGACAUCGAGACGCAAGCACGAAUUUAGCAGUUUCGCUGGAGCACCUGAAACUGCGUCCGCCGUUGGGGCUCGACACUUUUCGGUUGGCGGCGAGGCGUUGUGUUUGGAGUUAUAGUUGAAUUCGUUAUUAUAGCAUGAAGCCUGCGACGCACUCGCAUGCCAUUAUCAUAGAUAUAUAGUUUCACCUUCCACGUCUGGCUUCCUGUGAGUGUUACCCAGGGGUCUCUGUAGUUACGGCUUGCGGCAAGCGGUAAGAAAACACAAACCAUGCUAGGGAUAAGCGGUACGCGCUCAGCCUCCGCCUGUUGCAUUUACGAUUACGGCUUAUUGUAAGUGGAGGUUCCAGGAGAGUAAAUAUGCUCCUCUCCGCCUCAUCUUACACUUGCCUCUCUCGCUGCCUUCCUUGCCAACCCUUGACCCUGCGGUUUCGUACCGCAGCUAUUUGUGCUUACAGGGU